UGUGAUUGGUCAGCUCCGAGGCCAGGGCUCAUUACUCCUUUUUUUUUUUGGGCUUCUACAAUGUUGUUUCCGCGUCGUAUUUAGCGUGUUUUAGUGGUCUCGAACCUGCCAGAGUUUGAUAACUUAUAGCUAGGUAGUACUAUGGUGGCAGGUGGCUCAAGUGGUACCGCCUUCAGCUCACAUCUGAAGGACCUGGGUUCCAUCCCAGCACUAGUGGAAAUGUUGGGCAUGUUUCCUUAGACCUGUUGCCUCUGUUCACCUAGCUGUCAAAUGCAGUAGUGAGUUUCAAGAUACUCAGACUGCUAAGAUGUGGCGUAGACCUGCUCUUCUUGUACUGUACCUAGCAGUGCUGGUAGUUGUCACAUGGAUUGUCGAAUUAGGAUUCUGGUGGGACACUGGCUAUGCUUCUUAUCAGAUUGUAAAUCCUCUAAGGAAUCUAUCAGUGUCCCAGAUUCGAACAUUGUUAGAGAUGCGAGGAAUUCCAUAUGCAGCAUUUCUUGAGAAAUCUGAAAUUGUCAACCUCCUUCAGCAGUCAGGUUCAGUUCAGUAUGGAGAAAUUUUUGGAAAAGAACUAAUCCCAGAAUCUCACAGCCCUUUAGAAAUAUUUGGGAAGGAAGAAUUUUAUGAACAGGUAUAUGAUGAGAAUGAAUCUCUAUGGCUCAUUGAAGUAGUGCCAGGAGAAGGUCAGUAUGCUGGACAUCGUGUUCUUGAUGAUCGUGCUUGGCAUACCCUUGUGCCAAAGCUACAAGUUCUCCAAGUUAGCAGUGCUGUUGUCAGCUGCCAGUAUGAUCGACGAUUUUGUGCAAAACAAGGAUGGAGUCAUCCUCAGCUGGUACUCAUUCUGCCACCAAGCCAACAAGCUAAUAAACUGACUACUGGCCGGAAUCCAGGUAGAUUACCUGGCCGUGAACAUAUUGUCUUCACCUCCACUACCCAUCUUACUGUCUUGUCUGUACUUACCUGGCUGUAUGGACACAUAUUAUCACGAGUUGAUGUGCUUCAGGAGGUGAAACAACUAGAAGACACUUGGCUCAAUGUGGCCAAAGUAGACAAGGAAAAGGUUCCACGUGUAGUGUAUAUUUCUGAACUUCUGAGCCCUCCUCUGCUGAUCGCCACUCUCGGUCUUCGUUUGUCAACUCGUAUUAAGCUUGCAUCUUUCACUGUCAGGAAGGAAGAAAAAGAGCAAGUAUCUCGUCUACUAAAAAAAUCUGGACUAAGUGUGCCUAGCAUAGCUGUUGUGACAUCUGAGGGAGUGACAUCGUAUGGCGGAAGAAAAGGAGAGCCCCUAACCCGCCCAGCUUUGAAUUCUUACAUAUGUACAUUGCAGCCACAUAUGAAUGAUGCAUUCCUUGUUUCUCUUAUCAUGGCAAACCUGUUAGCAGUUGCAGACUUUUUUUAUUUUUUAGACUUUCAAAUAAGAGCAUGGAACAUUUUUACGCACUUUUGUGAGAUUUUCUUGUUUAUAAUUUUAAUAGUAUUCCUGCUGUGGCUUGCUGGGGACAGCAUUUUUUAAAUUUUUCCUUGGUAGAUAGAAUGUUACAGCCGGGUCAGGGUUUUAAUUCUUCUUUAAAUUCCACUGGGUUUUUGGUCAAAUGAGGAUCUUUGGAAAAUUUGGUUGAAAGUCAUCCUGUCUUUUUUGGUUUAUCAAUCAUUAUAUUUAGUUUUAUUCCCUUUGGGCCCUUUGGAAAUUUUUUACUAAGGGAGGUAAUUCAGAGCAGGGGGAAAAUUGAUACUAUUUGGGGGCUGUUUUUUCCCAGGGAUUCUUAUUUAUUUAAUUCCUCUUCCCCCCAUGGUUUUCCUUUAUCCCGUCCAAGGCCAUCCAAGAUUUGGGUUUUAAAGGAAAAGGGCCAUUGGGGCUUUUGAUAGACGCUUACCCCAAAACCAAAAUUUUAUGGCUACACCCAUAAUCCCAACUGAUUACAGAAGGAUUUCCCCAAUGUGGAGAUACGACGGGGGGGGAAAUGAAGAUGAUUUAAAAUCCGAGAGUAAAACCUGAUGUAGACAGUGUAAGUGAAAAUAAAAAAUGAUUUUUUAUUAACACACAAAACCGGUUGUCAGGAAAAAAAAGGGAAGACUUUGGGACUGGGAGUACAGUAAAAAAAUAUUGUAUGUCAUAGAUUUGCUAUCCUAAAACAAAACUCGAAAGGCGAAACUUGAGAUACCAUAAGACGCCGACAGGGGGCCAUCAAAAUUUUACAUAUAAAAGGGCUUUUAAAAGUGGUAAAAAAUUGCUGCAAGCCCAGGAACAGCAAAACUCUGAUUCCACGUCAAAGAAUCAAAUAAAAUUAAAUCCAACAAGUGUUGUUCCCCUCCUCAAAGACGACUAAACAAAAAAGGACAGCACCUUCAAAAUUCUAUAAAGCCCCGCAUAUGUGCAAUAGCCUUGGACUAUCGGGGGUUCUCCCAGUCCUUUUUUGGUCUCCUUGUGGACACAAAAACCAUCAUUUGUAUCACAGAAUGGCUCUUGAAAGAUAAUCACCCCCCCAACCUCCGAUGGCCCUCAAACAAAAACAAUUAACUACCAUGCUGGGGCAUCAGCAUGAAGAAUAGAAAUACAACGGGGGAAAAAUUUUUAAAAUAUAAUAGGAAAAAUAAAAUGGUGGGAAAAAAAAUGCAAAAGCUUUUUGGGUGAAUUCCGCAAAAAAAAGAGACUACAAUUGGGAAGUAAUUUUUAAUAUAUUAGGUUUUUGAAUGCAUUUUGCUUUGUUUUCCCUUUUAAAAUUUUAGAUCAUAAAUCUCAUUUGUGCAUCCAGAGAAAUUUUUUUUUUAAAAAAUUACUACGAAAUAUUUUAAAAAAUCCCCUGUUUUCCCCUAAAGUUAAAAAAAAAAUUUGCUGGGGAAAAUGUCACAGAGAAACCCUGAUCCAUAAUUACACUGUAAAAAAAGCACAUUUCCCAUACCUCCAACAGUCCCUGUACCUACCAUAGCUUUUAAUUUUUACAAUUUUGGGAAAAUAUGGAACAUGUUUGGGGGGACUGAAAAUAAAUUCAAAAUGAGAAUGUAGUGGAGGUUAACUUUGACUGCAACAGUUUUAAUUGAUGAUGAUGGUGAUGAAGGUGAUGAUGGAAUUUUUAGGGUCCCCCUCAUCUUUGGGCCCUAUUAAGCAAUAAUGACUCUCCCACCAAAGGGGAAAAGGAUUACAUGAAACCCCGGGUUUUUGGGACCCUUAACAAGCAGCAUCACCACCCCCCACCACCACCAUUUUUUUUACCAAAUUCCCACAAAUAUUUAACUUGGUUAUUCUUUCUCAUUUGCAUUUUUUCUUUUAAAAAAUGUUUUUGGGUUGAAAGUAAAUGUAAAAAGGGAAAUUUCCCAAAUGUUUUACCAAUUGACAGAAAAAGUGGGGUUAUUUUUUACCAGUGUUGAAAGGCAAAUGAUGUUGGUAGCAGCGAUGCUGCCUGCCAUGAUGUUUGUGCAGGAUACAUCAACCCCUCCCACAUAAUUUUCCCGAUCAGCAAGCAAAGGGGGGGGGGGGGGGGGGGGGGUAAAUUUCAAUGAAAGGGAUGAAAACUUGGGUUUUUUUUUUCUUUUAAGGGGUUAGACAGUUUAACCCCGUUUUUUUCCAUAUUUUCUUGGGCCACAAUCCGAUAUCAUAUAUAAAGUGCCAAUUUUCAGUAGUCAAUCUGUGGAAAAAGUAGAUUCAAAUGAAUUUUUGUACUUUUUUGACAUUUAAAAACAUUUUUGUGCUUUUUUUGAAAGCCCAUACAUUUUUCCACAAACUUUUGUAAUUAAAUAUUUUAUUAUAUUUAAUUGUGUAAUGAGUAUGGACCUAUUGCAAUACUAUCUGCAUAGUGAAUAUUCUGUACUGUAUGAAAAAUUUCAUGAAAUUGGAUUAAUCUGGGCAUAUUAUUAAUUGUUUGUUUUUGGAUCUGAUUCCUGACAUUGAAUAUUUUAAAUCAUGUUAUGACACUGAAAUUUUUAAAUAAUGUUAAUUCA